AAGCACGUAACGUUGGCGUCAUUUCCCUAGCUACUCUGCUAGCUAGCAUGUGUAUUUGUGAAGGUUCCGCUUAAUUUACAAUCUGCAUUGUCUUAUAAAUUCACUCUGGAAUAUUCACAUCUUCGGCGACACUAUGAGCACGUUAUGGAUGGGCAACCUGGAGGCGUACAUGGAUGAGAAGUUUAUCACCAGAGCCUUUUCCACCAUGGGGGAGCAGGUGGUCAAUGUGCGGAUCAUACGCAACAAGAUGACAGGUGUGUCAUCACCCAGGGGUGCUCUGGGUUAUUGUUUCGUGGAGAUGACAGAUGAGGCCACAGCUGAGAGGUGUCUUCGCAAAAUCAAUGGAAAAGCAUUACCAGGAGCCAAUCCGCCCACAAGAUUCAAGUUAAACCGAGCCACCUUUGGGAAACAAGACAGCGGUCAGAUGUAUUCUCUGUUUGUGGGAGAUCUAACUCCAGAGGUGGAUGAUGGGAUGCUUUAUGAGUUCUUCUACAACCGCUACCCUUCCUGCCGUGGUGGAAAAGUAGUGCUGGACAGCAUGGGCAACUCCAAGGGCUGCGGCUUUGUUCAGUUCCCAGACGAGCGGCUUCAGAAGCGGGCGUUGGAGGAGUGUCAGGGUGCUGUAGGACUGGGUGCUAAACCUCUGAGACUGAGCCUGGCUGCUAACAAUUUAAGGAACAGACAGCAGCAGCAGUCAGAGCAAAAGUCGUGGCAGUCCAGCUCUGGAUACAGACCCAGUUAUGACCAGUACAACCAGUACCAGCAGCAGGCCUAUCCUGGCUAUUACCCUUCCUGGGGCUACGACCAGACUGGAGCAGGGUAUGGCUACAACUAUCAGCAGUAUGAUUACACACAGUAUCCCCCGCCACAGGAAAGUGAAGCUGUUCCGGAUGAUGGAGUUGAAGAUCCCAGCCCGGAGCUGGAUGUGGUGGAAGCCAACAGGAAGUUCAUGGAGCUCAGUGAAGAACUGUACGACGCUCUGAUUGAGUGUCAUUGGCAGCCAGCAGAGUUCUCCACAGAACAGGAGUGUAUGACAUCAAACCUACCAGAACCUAUUUACUGCUGAGACUGAACAUUGCUUCCCUGUGGUAUUUUGUUUACAGCUGUCUGCUGAAAAUCUGACAGUAUGGAUUAUUUCUUAAGAACAUAAAGGAACUAAGUUAUGAUAACUGUUCUUAUUCCAGUUUAAACCUGUAGAAAUGUACUGUGGGUGCACACAAGUCAAGGUUACAACAAAUGAAAAUAUUGUCAUUUCCCUCUUCAGAUUUUUUUUAAAUAAAUUUUUGAUUUGUUCAUGAAUCUACAAAACACACUGAAUGAAAAGAAUAAUGUGUUAAAGCGAGAACACUUAUUUCACACAUGGUCCCAAAAUGUUAAUAGACACAGAAAAUUCAUAACAUAAAAUGAAAUAAUAAAAUCUUACAGCGUAUGUUGUAUAUAAUGAAUUGACCUUUUACAGUUUGUGUCCGUGUUAAACAGCCUAUACAUGACAUCCCUGGCUGUUGGUACAGUACACCCUUAUACACUGCACUGUCAUUGAAGCUCACCUGUGUACAGUUCGAACAUGAUUAUACCAUAUAUCAAUUAUUCUGAUGACAUGAAUGUAAUCAAAUGAAGCAAGUGGUGAAAAAUGAUGCAGUGUGUGUUGCUUUCAGCGCAUUCAUUCUGUCCCUGCUGAUACAUGUCUUUUUACAGGUAGAGGAAAGAAUGA